CCUCCCGCCGUCCCCUUCCCACCGGAGGCCCCGCCCCCGGCGCCCAGGAUGCUGGGCCCCCGCGGCGUGACGCGAGCACGGCAGCUCCGCCCCCUGCGUCUCUGGCCUCGCCGGCCUUGGGGGGAUGGUUCCAUCAUGGCGUCAAUGCAGAAACGACUGCAGAAAGAACUGUUGGCUUUGCAAAAUGACCCACCUCCCGGAAUGACAUUAAAUGAAAAGAGUGUUCAGAAUUCAAUUACACAGUGGAUUGUAGACAUGGAAGGUGCACCAGGUACCUUAUAUGAAGGGGAAAAAUUUCAGCUUCUAUUUAAGUUUAGUAGUCGAUAUCCUUUUGACUCUCCUCAGGUCAUGUUUACUGGUGAAAAUAUUCCCGUUCAUCCUCAUGUUUAUAGCAAUGGUCAUAUCUGUUUAUCCAUUCUAACAGAAGACUGGUCCCCAGCGCUCUCAGUCCAGUCAGUUUGUCUUAGCAUUAUUAGCAUGCUUUCCAGCUGCAAAGAAAAGAGACGACCACCAGAUAAUUCUUUUUAUGUUCGAACAUGUAACAAGAAUCCAAAGAAAACAAAAUGGUGGUAUCAUGUUUUUGGAGCCGUGAGGGAUACAGCAGUUUGGUCAAUAUUGUUUUAACAUGCUUCAAAUAAAUCAGACAUUGGAUGGCAGGUGGCAUCGGACUGAUCCCUGAGAGAAUGGAAACAAAUGAGGUAAGCCCUUCUAUUAACACCAGUUUACAGUAGAGCCUAGAGGUUGUUUAUAGGCUGCAGUGCAAGGAGGAGGAACCAAAACAGAGCUCACUUUUGUUGAGAUUAAGAAACAAAGAUGGGUGUUUGGGAAGGCCAAGAUGGUUAGAAUUGCAGGUCAGAGUGCCAGAGAGAAGAGACUUGGGGGAAGAGGGCUGAGUAUAUAGGUAAGUAAAAAAGUAACCCCAAGCAUGAAAACAUUUUAGAGAUCUGCAGAGGGUGUUCCUUGAGGUUUUGGCUGAGUUCUGAUCUGUAGAUGCAUGACAAAACCUACUCAAAGUCAGGGAAAGAACUACUGGAAAGCAAUAAGAAAACAAUUUCCAGAAUUCAUACAAGGUGUUAAUAGUUUUUGUCUAGACUAUCCAGAGUCUAAAGACCGUGUAAUACAUGUGGCAUUGGGACGAGUCUUCGGAAGGCUUCAAGUGAUCCCAAGUAACUUAACUGUGCACCAGAAUAAAGUCCAGCAUUAGAGGAAUGCAACGCAAUUCAGAAUCCAACAAUAAAAUUUAUGGUUUUAAUCAUUCAUUCAAAAAUUACAAUGCUUGUUUCACCUUGAAUAAGGGUUAUAACAACUAGAGAGAUCCGUAAGGAAGUAGAGAACUUGAACAACAUUAUAAGCCAGUUAGACUUAGUAGACAUACACAAAACACCCAGUAAGAGCAGAAUACACGUUUUUUCAAGUGCACAUGAGACAUUCUACAAGGGAUAGUCCAUAUAUUAGACCACAAAAUCUCAAAACAUUUUAAAAAAUUGAAAUCAUAAAAGUAUCUUCAGUCACAGUGGAAUGAAGCUGGAAGUCAAUAAGAAUAAUGGAAAACUCACAAAUAUGUAGAAAUUAAACAACAUACUCAUAAAUAACCAGGAGGUCAAAGAAGAAAUCAAAGGGAAAAUUAGAAAAUAACAGACAAAUGAAAAUGAAAACACAGCAUAACAUAAUGAGAUACAGCAAAAGCAGUGCUCAGAGGGAAAUUUAUAGCAGUAAAUACUUAUAUUUAAAAAGAAGAACUCCAAAGAACUCAAAUCUAAUUUUUCACCUUAUGGAAACUAGAGAAAGAGAGCAAAUUAAACCCAAAGCAAGCCAAAGAAAGGAAAUAAUAAAGAUUAAAGUGGAGAUAAGUGAAACAGAGUAUAGGAAACAAUAUAGAGAAUCAGUAAAACCAAAAGUUGGUUCUUUGAGAAGAUCAACAAAAUUGACAGACCUUUAUCUAGACUGACAAAGGGAAAAAGCAAAGACGCCUAUAACUAAAAUUAGAAAUGAAAGUGGAGAUAUUGCUGCUGACCUAAAAGAAAUAAAAAAGGUUAUAAGAGAAUACUAUGAACAACUCUAUAUCAACAGAUUGGAUAACCUACAUGAAAUGGACAAAUUCCUAGAAACACAGAUUACCAAAACUGACUCAAGAAGCAAUAGAAAAUACGAACUGACCUGUAACAAGCAAACAGAUUGAAUUAAUAAUAGUAAUAAAAAAUCCCUCCAAAACAAAAGUCCAGGACUAGGUGGCAUUACCGGUGAAUUCUACCAAACAUUUAAAGAAGAAUUAACACAAAUUCCUCUCAGACUCUUCCCCAAAAUAGGAGGACAGGGAAUACUUCCUAACUCAAUGAGCCCAACAUUACUCUGAUACCAAAGCCAGACACCAUGAGAAACAAUACAAAAACUACAGAUCCAUAUUCCUUAUGAGUAUAGAUGCAAAAAUCCUCAACAAAACACUAAGACGCUGAAUCCAACAGUAUAUUUAAAUGGUUAUAUACCAUGACCAAGUGGAAUUUGUCCAGGUGGGAAUGCCAGAGCAGUUCAACAUAGGAAGAUUAAUCAGUGUAAUACACACUGCAUUAAUAGGAUGAAGGGAAACAAACAAACAUCACCAGUUAAUAUGGAAGACUUUUGACAAAAUAUAACACCUGUUAUAUUUUCUAUUACAAUAAAAACACUCUAGAACUAGGAAGAGAAAGGAAAUUCUUCAAUAUGAUAAAGGGAUUUAUGGAAAACCCACAGCUAGCAUCCAGUAGUGAAAGACUGAAAACUUUUCCUUAUGAUCAGGAAUAAGACAAGGGUGCCUCUUUUCUUUUUAAAGAUAUUUAUUUGAGAGAGUGAGCAAGAGAGAGAGAGCACAAGUGGGGGGAGGAGCAGAGGGAGAGGGAGAAGUAGACUCCUCACUGAGCAGUGAACAGGGAGUCCAACGUGGGCCUCGAUCCUGGAACUCUGGGAUCAUGACCGGAGCUGAAGGCAGAUGCUUAACCAACUAAGCCACCCACGCUCCCCAAGUGUGCCUAUUUUCAUACUGCUAUUCAACAUUGUGGUAGGAGUUAUAGCCAGAGAAGUUAGGCAAGAAAGAGAAAAUCCAUAUUAGGAAGGAAGAAAUAGUUAUUUCUAUUUGUAGACAACAUGAUCCCAUAUAUAGAAUACCCCAAAGAAUCCACAAAAACACACUGGAGCUAAUACACAAGUUCAGAAAAAUUGUCGGUAUAAGAUCAACACACAAAAUAAAAUUGUGUUUCUGUAUACCAGUGGUGAACAAUCCAAAAGGAAACUAAGAAAACUGUGCCAUUUAAUAUUGUCCAAAAGCAUAAGGAGUUGAAAGAUUUGUACACUGAAAACUAUAAAACAUUGUUGAGAGAAAUUAAAGACCUAAAUAAAUGGAAAGACAUUCUGUGUUUAUAGAUUGGAAGACUUAAUACUGUUGAGGUGGCAAUGCUAUGCAAAACAAGGUACAGAUUAAAUGCAAUCUUUAUCAGAAUUCUGGUGACCUUUUUGCAGAACUGGAAAAUCAUAUUCUUUAAUUCAUAUGAAAUUGUAGUGGGCCCAAAUAGCCAAAAUUCUGUUCUUGAAAACGAAUAGAGUUGGAGAACUCAUACUUCCCCAUUUCAAAAUAUAUUAUAAAGCUACGGUAGUCAAAACAGUGUGGUACUGUUGUAAGGAUAGACAUAUAAACCAAUGGAAUAGAAUUGAGAGAAAUUAACUAAUGUAUAAAAAUUAUGUUAUUAUAUAUAACAUAUAUCUAUUUAUCUAUCUCCAAAUGAUCUUUGACAAGAGGGUCACGACCACUCAAUGCAAGAAAGAAUAAUUCUUUAACAAAUAGUUUUGGGACAAAUAGAUAUCCACAUGCAAAAGAAUAAACUUGGAUCCCUACUCACACCACGUUAAAAUAUUAACUCUAAAUGGAUCAGUGACCUAAAUAUAAGAACUGAAACCCUGACAACUCAGCAACAAAACUACAAACAACCCAGCUAAGAAAUGGGCAAAGGACUUGAAUUGACAAUUCUCUAAAGAAAGACAUACAAAUGGCCAAUGUGCAUAUUUUUUUAAAUUUUUUUAUCUUUUAGAUUUUUAAAAAUUUAUUAGAAAGAGAGAGUAUGAGCAGGGAGAGCAGUAGAGGGAGAGGGAGAAGCAGACUCCCUGCUGAGCAGGGAGCCUGAUGUGGGGCUUGGUCCCAGGACACUGAGAUAAUGACCUGAGCCGAAGGUAUACGCCCAACUGACUGAGCCACCUAGGCACCCUGGCUAAUAUGCAUAUGAAGAAAUACUCAACCUUGUUAAUGAUAAGGGAAAUGCACAUGAAAACCACAAUGACAUACCACUUCAUGCCCACUAGAAUGGCUAGAAUAAAAAACAAAAACAGUAACAAGUGUUGGUAAGGAUGUAGAGAAACAAAUCCUUGUACAUUGCUGGUGGGAAUGUAAAAUGGUUAACCUUCUGUGGAAAACAGUGUGGCAGUUCUUUAAAAAAUUAAAGAUAGAAUUAGCAUAUGACCCAGUUAUUCCACUCUUAGGUGUAUACCCAAAAGAACUGAAAACAGGUACUCAUAUAUGUACACACUUGUUCAUAGCAAUACUAUUUACAAUAGCCAAAUGAUGGAAGCAGCCCAAAUGCCUGUAGAUGGAUGAAUGGAUAAACAAGUUUUGGUAUACAAAUACCACUGACUAUUAUUCAGCUAUAUAUAGAUAAACAAAACAAAACUGAAGUACUGAUACAUGCUAUAGUGUGGUGAACCUUGGAAACAUUUUGCUAAGUGAAAUAAGUCAGACACAAAGGUCACAUAUUGUAUGAUUCCAUUUAUAUGAAAUAUCUAUAAUAAGUAAACCUAUAUAAACAGAACUCAGAUUGGUGUUUGCCAGGGCCUAGGGGUAAGGGAAAUAGGGAGCAGCUGUGUAAUGGGUACAGAGUUUCUUUUUGGGGUGAUAAAAAUGUUUUGGAACUAGAUAGAGGUGUUAGUUGCACAACACUGUGAAUGUACUAAAUGCCACUGAUUUGUUCAUUUAAAAAUGUUUUAUUUGAUGUUAUGUCAAUUUCACCUCAAAAAAAAAAAAGUUGAGUUCAAGAUGGUGAUGUAGGAAGAUCCUGAGCUUGCUCCUCCCAUAACAAAUAAACAACUACAUAUGAAAUAAUUUCCUCUGAAAAAGACCACAAGACCGGAUGAACAGAACCUCUACAACAAAGGACAAAAAAGACAGCACUGAGAUGGGAAGAAGAGGCAGAGAGACAUCAUCUUGUAAAAACACCCAUCCCAGGUGUGAUACACAAUCAGGAGGGAACUCAGAAAUACAAAACUUUCCUGAGGAGCAGGAGGUUAGUGCUUCACAACAGGCAUCCCAAUCCUUAGGUCCUGUAUAAGAGAAACAAGCCACAGGCUUUUACAACCACCUGGGAUUAUACCCAGAGAAACCAUAAAACUAGGGAAUGGAGAACCCACUCUUAAAGGGUUCGCACAUACACUCAACCCCAGGACCAGCACAAAAAUACCAAUUUGAAAAGUGCCUUUGUGAAGAAGACUCACUAAGUAAUUUUAAGGCAUCUGUCAGUCAGGCAGGAAACUGUUGGGACUUUCUCUGGAGAUGGAGACAUUGGUGGGUGCCAUAUUUGUGACCUCAUCCUAUCCUGCUAAUGUUGGUGCUGGUGGGAACCAUUUUGUAAUUAUCUCUCAAAUUGCUAGAGCCAGUGGGCACAUCCAGCUGAGAACCCUGCCCACUCCCACGGUAUUAUCACAUGUUGCAGCCAGGUGGAAGCUCCACACAGCCACAUGCUGCAGCUGAGCCAGGUGUCAGCUUCACUCACCCUAUGCUGCAGACAUGGUGCCACCACAGUAGACAGUGCAUACAGUCCACAUAGGGGAUCUAGCUCUGGUGGUCAGAGAGGAUUUUGCUUUUGAGGUGCAUGUGACAUCUCCUACACAAGGCUGCUCCUUCAAGACUAGGAGAGGUAGUUGAUUUGCCUGAUCCAUAGAAACAAACAAGAGCCAGGCAAAAUGAGACAGAGAAUAUGUUCCAAAUGAAAGAACAAGAUAAAACAUCAGAAAAUGACAUGAAUGAAAUGGAGAUAAGCAUAUCAGCCUGAUAAAGAAUUCAAAGUUAAUGGCCAUAAAGAUGCUCACUGAACUUGGGAGAAGAAUAGAUGAACACGGUGCGAUCCUUCAUAAAGAGACAAUAUAAGAAAGAUUAAACAAGUUAUGGAGCUGAAGAGUGAAAUAAUUGAAAACUACACUAGACAGGUUUAAAGGCAGACUGGAUGAACUGAAUAUUGGAUCACUGAGCUGAUGAUCAGCUGAUGACAAAGCAAUGGAACUCAUGUAGACACAGUAGUGAAAAGAAGAAUUUUAAAAAAUGAAGAUAACUUAAGGGAUCCUUGGGACAACAUCAAAUGGGAUAACAUUCACUUUAUAUGGGUCCUAGAAAGAAAAAGAGAGGGGUGCCUGGGUGGCUCAGAUGGUUAAGCAUCUGCCUUCAGCUCAGGUCAUGAUCCCAGGGUCCUGGAAUUGAGCCCCACAUCGGGCUCCUGGCUCGGUGGGGAGCCUGCUUCUCCCUCUGCCUCUCUCCCUGCUCAUGCUCUCUCUCUCUCUAUCUCUGUGUCUCAAAUGAAUAAAUAAAAUCUUAAAAAAAAGAGAGAGAAAGGGACAGAAAACUUAUCUGAAGAAAUAAUGGCUGAAAACUUUCCUAAUCUGGAGAACAAAAUAGAUGUACAGGUCCAGGAAACUCAAGAGAAUUCCAAAUAGGAUGAAUCCAAAGAGAUACACACCAAGAUACAUUAUAAUUAAAAUGGUAAAAGUUAAAGAGAGAACCUUAAACAUAGGAAGAGAGAAACAACUUACUACAUAAAAGGGAAGUCUCAUAAGGCUAUCAGCAGAGUUUUCAGAAGAAACUUUGCAAGACAGAAACAAGUGGCAUGACAUAUUCAAAGUGCUGAAUGGAAAAAAAACUUCCAACCAAGAAUUCUCUACUUGACAAGGCUAUCAUUCAGAAUUGAAGGAGAGAUUAAGAAUUUUUCAGAUAGUCAAAAGCUAAAGGAAUUCAUCACCAUUAAACCAGCCUUAUAAGAAAUGUUUAAAGGGACUUAUCUAAACUGAAAAGAAAUGGUGUUAAUAACAAAAUGUAUGAAAGUAAAAAUCUCACUGGAAAAGGUAAAUAUAUAUUAAAAAUAGUGGAUCAGAGGUGCCUGCAUGGCCCAGUCAUUUAAGCGUCCAGCUCUUGAUUUCAGCUCAGGUCAUGAUCUCAGGGUUGUGAGAUUGAGCCCCACAUCAGGCUCUGCACUGAGUGUAGAGCCUGCUUGAGAUUCUCUCUCUCCCUCUCUGUCUGCUCCUCCCUGCCCCCCAAAAUAAAAAAAAUAAAAAAGUAGAGGAUCAAUCACUUAUAAAGCAAAUAUGAAGCUUAAGAAAAGAGAAAAAUAAUGAAGUUGACUAAAACUGUGAUAGUUAAGGGCUGCAUAAAAUGAUGUCAAUGUGACAUCAAAAAUAUAAAACAUGGGCGGGGGUGAAGAAAAUAUGUUUGGAAUAUGUUCAAAUUUAAUUGCUAUCAACUCAAAGCAGCCCAUUCUAUGCAUAGUAAGUUCUAUAUGAAUCUCAUGGUAACCGCAAAGCAAAAAUUUACAACAAAUACACAAAAGAAAAUGAGAAAGGAAUCUGAACAUAACACUAAAGAAAGCCAUCAAACCACAAGGGAAGAGAAAGAAGAAAGGAACAGAGGAACUAUGAAAACAGCCAGAAAACAAUGAACAAAAUGGAAAUAAGUACGGACCUAUAAAUAACUACAGUACUGUAAAAAGACUAAACUCUCCAAUCAAAAGACACAGUGGCUGAAUGGAUUAAAAAAAAAGCAAUACCUAUCUAUAUGCUGCUGACAAGAAACUCACUUCAGAAGUAAGGACGUACACAGACUAAAAAUGAAGGGAUGGAGAAAACUAUUCUAUGCAAACAGGCAUGAAAAGAAAGCUGGAGGGGUGCCUGGCUGGCUCAGUUGGUGGAGCAUGACACUCUUGAUCUCAGGGUCAUGAGUUGAAGCCCCGUGUUGGGUGUAGAGCUUAUUAAAAAAAGAAAAGAAAAUACUAUAGCUAUACUCACAGCAAACAAAAUAGACUUUAAAAUAAAAAUUGUAAUAAUAGACAAGGAAGGGCAUUACAUAAUGAUAAAGGAGUCAAUCCAACAAGACAUGACAUUAAUAAAUAUAUAUGCAUCCAACAUAGGAACAUCAAGACAUAUAAAACAAAUAUUAACAGACCGAAAGGGAGGAAUUGAUGGCAAUACAGUAAUAGUAGGGGACUUUAACACCUCACUUACAUCAACAAAUAGAUCAUCCAAACAGGAAAUUAAUAAGGAAACAUCAGCUUAAAUGACACCAGAUGGACUUAAUAUAUUCAGAACAUUCCAUUCAAAAGCAACAAUACACGGGUGCCUGGGUGGCUCAGAUGGUUAAGCGUCUGUUUAGGUCAUGAUCCCAGGGUCCUGGGAUUGAGUCCCGCAUUGGGCUCCCUGCUAGGCGGGAAGCCUGCUUCUCCCUCUGCCUCUGCCUCUCUCUCUCUCUCUCUGACUCUCGUGAAUAAAUAAAUAAAACAUUAAAAAAACAGUAUUAAAAAAAGGAACAAUACACAUUCUCAAGUGAACAUCGUAUAUUCUCUAGGCUCGAUCACGUUAGGCCACCAAUUAAGCCUCAAUAAAUUAAAAAAGAUUGAAACUCUUUUGAGCAUUUUCUUCUGAUCACAAUGGUAUGAAACUAGAAAUCAAUUACAAGAAGAAAACUUGAAAAACCACUAAAAUGGGGAGGUUAAAUGACAUGCUACUCAACAUUUUUGUCACUGAAGAUAACAAAGAAAUAAAUACAGAGAGACAAAUGAAAAUAGAACUCUGAUAUACCAAAAUCUUUGGGAUAUAGCAAGAGCAAUUCUAAGAGAGAAUAUUAUAGUAGUACAGGACUACGUCAAGAAACAAGAAAAAUCUCCAGCAGUCUAACUUUACACCUGAAGGAGCUAGGGAAAAAAAAAAAAAAAGAAUAA